UUUCUUAUUACCCAAGUUCCUUUCUUUUACUUUCAAAACAAAGAACAAUGGCCAGAUCAACUGUCUCUCUCCCAGUUUUCUGUCUUCUCCUCCUCCUGUCAUUUGACUCUAGGAUCUUACUGGAGCUGGCCAAAGGGCAGGGAAAAACAUGGUGUGUUGCAAAGCCUUCGACCGAUGAUGCAACACUGGCUUCCGACAUAAACUCGGCCUGUAAUGAUCUUGGAUCCUUGGGAUUGAACUGCAGCCAGAUACAGCCGAACGGAGCCUGCUUCGAGCCCGACACUCUCAUCAACCAUGCAUCGGUUGCCAUGAACUCUUACUACCAAGCCUAUGGUCGUCAGGAACAUCAAUGUCACUUUUCGGGCUCUGGUCUCAUCACCAUCUCCGAUCCAAGCUAUGGAAACUGUCAGUAUGUGUGAGGAGUAUUGAUCAUACAUACGGAAGAUAUGUAAUAAAUUUUAUUUACAUUCUAGGAGAUUGGAUUCUAUAGCAUGUUUUAUGGAUGAAACGAUUGUUAUAUUUGAUCUAUAUGAUAUUUAAAUGAUGAUCAUAAAA